GUUACCCGCUUAGUAGGAGCCGGACUGCCCGGCGGACUGGUGGGCUGUGUGUUGCACGCUGCGAUCCCGGGGGAAGCUCCCGGCGGGAAGAUGAACGGGACGCGGAACUGGUGUAGUCUGGUGGACGUGCACCCGGAGGGUCAAGCCACGGGCAGCGUGGACGUCCUCAGGCUGACUCUCCAGCACGAACUGACAGGAGAGGAACUUGAGCGCGUAGCCCAGAAGGCGGGCAGGAAGACCUACGCCAUGGUGUCCGGCCGCUCGGCUGGUCAUUCUCUGGCCUCAGAGCUGGUGGAGUCCACUGACGGACGCGAGGAGAUCAUCAAGGUGUACUUGAAGGGGAGGUCAGGAGACAAGAUGAUCCAUGAGAAGAAUAUCAACCAGCUCAAGAGUGAGGUCCAGUACAUCCAGGAGGCCAGGAGCUGCCUGCAGAAGCUCCGGGAAGAUAUAAGCAACGAGCUGGACAGGGAUCCAGCAGGCUCUCUCCAUCGGCAGGAGCUCCAGGUGGUGCUGGAAAAGCCAAAUGGCUUUAGUGAGGGUCCUGUGACCCUGUACAGCAGGCCCCCUGAGGUAGAGACCUUUAUCCAUGACGACGUUGAGAGCUUGAGAAAAACGGUGUGGGACCUGCUUGCCAAGCUUCAGGAGGCCGAGCGACGGCACCAGUCGGACCGUGCGGCUUUUGAGGUCACACUGAGCCGCUACCAGCAGGAAACGGAACAGAGUAAUGUGGCCCUUCAGAGAGAGGAGGACCGAGUGGGGCAGAAGGAGGCAGAAGUCGGGGAGCUGCAGAGGCGCCUGCGGGGCAUGGAGACGGAGCAUCAAGCCCUGCUGGAGAAGGUCAGACAGGGGGAGACGGCCCUGGAGGAGCUCCGGAGCAAGAGCGCUGACUGCCAAGCUGAGCGAGAAAAGGCUGCUGCCCUGGAGAAGGAAGUGGCCGGGCUGCGUGAGAAGAUCCACCACCUGUAUGACAUGCUCAAGAGCCAGCAGCGGAAAGUCCGGCAGAUGAUAGAGCAGCUCCAGAAUUCGAAAGCUGUGAUCCAGACCAAGGAUGCCACCAUCCAGGAGCUCAAGGAGAAGAUCGCCUACCUGGAGGCAGAGAAUUUGGAGAUGCAUGACCGGAUGGAGCACCUGAUAGAGAAACAGAUCCGUUACGGCCACUUCAGCACUCAGACCCAGGCCAAGACAGAGAACCUGGGCAGUGUCAGGAUAUCCAAGCCCCCCAGCCCCAGGCCCAUGCCUCUCAUCCGAGUGGUGGAGACCUGAGCACGAGGAGCCGGCCAAGCACAUGGACACGGCUGGUGCUGCCGCCUCCCGCCUGUGAGAAGCCCACCACCGCGGGACGUCAACCCUGACUUUCACUCCGGAUGGCUCCCUGGCUGCGCCUAGGGCUGGGGCACUUGUGUGUCCCGCCAGUCCCUCGCUCCUGUCCUCUGUUUGCUGGGCAGACGGAGCAUGAGCGCCUCGUCUGGACACUGCAGCCCUUCGGGACUGGGCACUGUCUCCUUCCCAUAGUCACGUUUUCUGUGUAGCAGAGCCUUCCUCUGUUGUCUACUGGAAUCCAGCUGUCCCAGAAGCCAGGCCCUCGUGUGGUCGGGAGAAGGGUCAAGAUCUGUCUCAGCCCGAGAGGCGGCACCGAUGUCCGGAGGGGUUGGCUGGCGUGUGUCCUGGGUGUGGAAUUCCUUCUGCAAACAGCUCGGCUCUCAGCAGCCCGCUCCCCCUUGGCCGUGCUGACGGUCAGCGGGGUGGCCUGGCCAGGCCUGGCCAGAGCCAGGACACUAAGCCAACUUAGAGCCUUGUCUUCCCGGGACAGGGAGUGUGUGUUCGGGUGUAGCUUUUAGCAGGCCGAUUCUCUGCAGCUGUGGACAGUUAGGUGUGACUUCUCUCUGCUGUGAAAAGUCCCACAAUCUCCUAGGGCUCCCCCUAAAGUGCCCCGCAAGGCGCACCUCAGUCAUCUGACCCAGACUGUAAAGCUAUGUUAUUAGGGAGCACAUCACUCCCAGCAAAACUUCCAUUGUAUUUAUUUUGCUAAGUUAUUGGUGUUUUUGCUUAUAUCUCAUAAUCUGUUUCAUACCAGAGUUUGACGGUCUUUUCUUGUGGUACAUAGAUUUGCUGGAAACUGAGAAAAACAUUUCCAUCGGGGAAAAACAUCCCUUUUUCUAUCAGAUGACGUUGUGAUAGAUCUGCUGUCUUCCUUCCAACCCCUGGCCUGCCCUUCCUCCAGACCCUGCACCUUGGGAAGGCGAGGACACUUUCUUUGAGGCGUUGGGCUCUAGGUGUGCAUUGUUUGGGGAACACAGUGAUCAGGACUCUGUAGGGAAUGGGUAUGUUCUCCUAACUAAAUCCUCUCCAUCCCUCUCCUCCAUAGUUGGUCUUUUUAUUUUAUUUUAUUUUAAUCUUUUUGAAACAGCAUCUUGCAGCAUUGUCCAGGCUGGCCUUGAACUCUUGACCCUCCUUCCUCAGCCUCUCCGGAAGCUGGGAUACCAGGCGUGUGCACGGCACCUGGAUGCCAGAUUGGUCUUUAGCAUGGCUCUGAGUAGCCUGCAGCUCCUCCUGUUGUCUUCAGCCUUAAGAAGUAUGCAGGCAUCGGAGUGUGGCGCUAUAGGAAGCAGCGGUGAAUGUGGGCUCCGUCUUCGGCUGAACCAAUUGGCUGACGACCGGAAGCCAGAAGUCUGUGUUUCUGUGGGUCAGGACUGGGCUCCCUCUCUGGCUUUGUGCGAAAUGGUGUCCUGGGACUUUGGGCAGACGCCUUGUUUGUGAAAUUAAAGUGUUGGCCAGAUCGUCUCCGUGUCCCUUCAAGUUCUUGUAUUUUGUUUCUGUGGCAUAUUCUUUGUAUGGUGAAUUGAAUGCAUU